GGAGCAGGCCGGGAAGGGAGUGUUUUUUCCUUCCCUCGUCUCCGCGGUUGGCGGCAGCUGGGCUGCAGACGAGAGGGCGGUGCCGACUCAGCCUUCUGUCGCCCGGCUUCCGUGCAUCCGCGGCCGGCUCCGCGUGUCAGCUUUUCCUGGGCCCUGCAGGGAGCUGGGGCCUUGAGGUUCAAAGGUAGCAGCCGCUCCCAUGAGCAAGAGUGAGGGGCGCGCCGCCGCCGGAUCCUCCAUGGGCUGGACCCGGAAGCCCAACGUGUGCCGCCAGCUGAGUCGCCGGGCGCUGGGCUGCUUUUCACGCGACGCGGGCGUGGUACAGAGGACGAACCUGGGCAUCCUCCGGUUGCUUGUGUGCCAGGAAAGUACUAAGUUUAAGAAUGUUUGGACAACUCAUUCCAAGUCACCUAUAGCCUAUGAGAGAGGAAGAAUAUAUUUUGACAAUUAUCGCUGCUGUGUUAGCAGUGUUGCAUCAGAGCCGAGAAAACUUUAUGAAAUGCCAAAAUGUUCCAAAUCAGAAAAAAUAGAGGAUGCUUUAUUAUGGGAAUGCCCAGUGGGGGAAGUACUUCCCAAUCCAUCAGAUUAUAAAUCCUCACUCAUUGCACUGACUGCUCAUAAUUGGCUACUUCGUAUAUCUGCAACUACUGGAAAAAUCCUUGAGAAGAUAUAUCUUGCUUCCUAUUGCAAAUUCAGAUACUUGAGCUGGGACACUCCUCAAGAAGUCAUUGCAGUCAAGUCAGCUCAGAACAAAGUCUCAGCAGUGGCACGCCAGGCAGGUAUUCAACAGUCCGUUUUGCUGUACCUUGCAGUGUUCCGUGUUCUACCUUUUUCACUCAUAGGGGUUUUGGAGAUCAACAAAAAAAUUUUCGGGAACGUUACAGAUGCUACCUUAUCUCAUGGAAUACUGAUUGUGAUGUAUAGCUCGGGACUGGUCAGACUCCAUAGCUUCCAAGCCAUCACUGAACAGUUCAUGCAACAGAAACUUGACUUAGGGUGUGCAUGCAGAUGGGGUGGGACUACUGGAACUGUAGGAGAGGCUCCUUUUGGCAUUCCUUGUAAUAUUAAAAUCACAGACAUGCCACCACUGCUCUUUGAGGUGUCCUCCCUGGAGAACGCUUUUCAGAUUGGAGGCCAUCCUUGGCAUUAUAUCAUCACACCUAAUAAGAAGAAACAGAAAGGAGUUUUCCAUAUUUGUGCCCUAAAAGACAAUUCCUUGGCAAAAAAUGGGAUCCAGGAAAUGGAGUGUUGUUCUUUAGAAUCUGACUGGAUCUAUUUCCAUCCUGAUGCUUCUGGUAGAAUAAUACAUGUUGGCCCAAAUCAGGUCAAAGUUUUAAAGCUAAAUGAAAUAGAAAAUAGUUUCCAGCAUCAGAUCUCUGAAGAUUUUGUCAUUUUGGCCAACAGGGAGAAGAACAAAAAUGAAAACUUAUUCACUGUUACAGCUUCUGGACGGGUAGUAAAAAAACAUUUUGACCUUCUGGAUGACGAACCAGAACAAGAGACUUUCAAAAUUGUGGACUAUGAAGACGAGUUGGACUUGCUGUCUGUGGUAGCUGUUACUCAACUAGAUGCUGAAGGAAAAGCUCACCUGGAUUUCCACUGUAAUGAAUACGGCACUUUACUUAAAAGCAUUCCACUAGUGGAGUCAUGGGAUGUGACAUAUAGCCAUGAAGUCUACUUUGACAGAGACUUGGUACUACACAUAGAACAGAAGCCCAACAGGGUCUUCAGCUGCUACGUUUACCAGAUGGUAUGUGACACUGGAGAAGAAGAAGAAACCAUAGACAGAUGUUGUUAAAAAGAGGGAGAUAAUUUUAAAUUUUGAGAUAUAACUUAUGAAACUUUCAGCCACACUCCCAGCAGCUAUGUCCAGUCUUCCUUUUUAUUACCUGUGUGUCAAGUCUUCCAGUAUUUUCCAGAAAUAGUCUUGUGUUGACUUCAGAUGACUGUGGCUUCUUUUUUAAACUCUUGCACUGGAAAGUGGUGAUGACUUCAUUUUUUGUAAAGGUUUUUUUAGAAUGAUGUCCCAAGAAGCUUAGUAUUUUGGGGCUUUUAGCUAGGUAGUAAUACAAAUAUAAAGUGCUGGGGACAAGUUAACUGUUGGGGAGAGAGUCAUUGAUGGGGAAGUAUUUAAGAUGGUUCUUAAAGAUGGCAUGGGAUUUUCAUGGGUAAGACUGGGAAAGGAGAGACAAAAGUAGAUAUAAAAGAUAUAAAAAGAAAUCCUGUAUCUUCUAUAGCAACCUUUCCUUAAGGAUGAAAAUGAGAUCCGUAACGUGAAGACAUUUGAGCCAAAAAUGUUCAUCAUGUUUUUUGUUAUUUUUUUUUUUAAAUCUUAUAUUUGUAUAUGUCUGAGUUUCUUAGUGCUGCUGUAACAGAAGUACCACGGUGAGUGGCUUUAAUAAACA